AUGGAUUCCAGCGAUGAUUUUAGCAUAGAAACAAAGGAUCUGAGUACGCUCUUUACCAAGGUAGAAAAGAUCGGUCUGGGAACCUAUGGCAAGGUUUAUAAGUGUCUUGAUAUAAGAAAGAAACAAACUGUUGCUCUAAAGAAGAUUAAAAUCCUAAAGCCAAACGACGGCUUUCCUGUAAAUACUGUUAGAGAAAUCAAGUGCCUAAAAGAACUAAAACAUGACAAUAUUAUCAGAUUAAGAAAUGUAAUUACAUUAUACAAACCAAAUAAGCCGUCAACAGUAUGGUUAUCAUUUGAUUACUGUGAAUUUGACUUAUUUGGAUUACUCCACAAAACAGAUUUUCCACAAUUAUCAACAAAACAGGUUUUAUGCUACUCCCGUCAAUUAAUUCUUGCAAUGCUUCAAUGCAAGCAAGCAGAAAUACUUCAUCGUGAUCUAAAACCUGCAAAUUUAUUCAUUACUCGUGAUAACGUUUUGAAGAUCGGCGAUUUUGGCUUAGCUCGCAAAUUUAAGUCUGACGAUAUUAAGUAUACAUAUAAUGUUAUCACUUUAUACUACAGAGCACCAGAGUUAAUCUUAGGCUGUCAAAAUUAUCAAUAUGAAGUUGAUGUUUGGAGUGUUGGAUGCAUUUUAUAUGAGCUUUGCACCAACAAAUACUUUUUCAAGGCCCCUAUAGGUAAAGAAAUAGAUCAACUUACUGCAAUUUUCAAGAUUACAGGUACACCUGACAAUGAAGAGUGGCCAGAGUUCAAAGAGCUCGACAAAGGUGGUCUUUUUACUCAGAAGAUAGAAGGCAACCUCCUUGAAUACUUGGAAAAGACAAUUCCACCUGAAUUCGAAGGUGCCGCAGAUUUAAUCUCAAAAAUGUGCAGGUUAACACCAUCAAAGAGAAUUUCUAUGCAGGAGGCAUUUAUGCAUCCUUUCAUUUCACGUAAUGGCCAACCAAUUGAAGCUUCUCAGCUUCCUCCGAUCAGUUUAAUGGAAAUGCACCAAAUGCAAGCAUCAGCUGAGCUCGGCAAGAAUAAGAAAGAUAAAUCUGCUCACGAUUCCCCACCAAGACCUGAGAAAGCUGAAAUUUAA